CAUAUUUGGCAAGAUUUCCGGCCUAUAAAGCUCCUUUGCAAAGUGUCUCCUUAUCGUCUAGUCAACUUCUCUAGAGGAUUAAGUAAAGUUUGACUUUAUGGACAACAUGAAAGCAGAUACCAAUUGCUAUAUGGACAAAAAUUGGCCAUCUCAUCUCAUAGCCCACAAUUAUGGAAUUGAAGACUUAAACAAGCUUAUUAAUAUCAUUAAUCAAGAAAGACUUGACAUACACCAGAAAUUAGCUGACAGACAGUUCUAUAGGGACUAUGAACGCUCGAGGUUGGGAUGGCUAGCCAACAGAAAAAGUAACCUGACAAGAGAUCUUCUAUGGCAGAGAAGAAAGCUUCUUCCCCUGCAAAAAGCUCUAACCAAGCUAAGUUUUGCAAAAGAUGAACGUCACCAGAUGGCUAUUAGAUCAUGCUCAGUGGAAAAAGAAAUGAGUUUACAACAACUAACAAAGAACGCAAAGAACGUGCAUUUUCAUCUGCUACAUGGAACUAACACUCUCGCUGAAGAGAAUAAGCUCUUAAAAGAGGCCAACAAUGGAACCCAACAAAGAGAAGCCAUUGCUUUGAGGUCAUCAGCAGUGGAACUUCUUAAAGAAUUGGUAAGCGAAAUCACUGCCUCCGAUAGAUUGCCCAUAAGAUUUAUUCUUUCUAAUUUUGUUUUUAUGGGAGUUGGAGAGCAGAUCUGGGAACUAUUUAUAAAUAGCUGGUGGUUCCCUACAACAGAUCGAAUUUGGAUAAGGAAACUCCAAGAAGGAAUCGAAACACUUAAAUGUACAGGAGAUGAAGCUAUUGAUAAUGCUGCUAUGAAGGCAGUGAUUUGGAACAUUUUCGGAUCAAAAAAAGAAAUACAAGGGAGAAUUAAUGCCAUAGAAAAUCAAUCAGAAGAACUAAGAAAGGAAUAUUUAGCAGUAAGACAUGAAAUUAAGCGAUCUUCAAGAAAUUUGGAAAAGAUGGAAAAAGAUGUAAUUUCUUUGGAGAAUCAAUGGAAAUCAAUAAACCAGAGAAAGAGUGAUGUGCUUACAAAUGCAUGUAUAUGCUAAUGUAAUAAUGAUAGGCGAAUUCAUAAGUGAACCGAAUAAUUGAACUAGUAUAAAAUACACAUCUCGCAAAAUUAUAUGUUUAUUUUCAAAAUA